UUUUUUUCUCUUUCUCAUCAUUAUAGUUAGGAAUCAACUUUUCCAAAGACAUUCCUAUGUUGCUUCUGACAUUUGCAUUAGGUCAUUACAUUGUCAUCAACAAACCUUAAAUCUUCUGAAUAUAAAUAGGGCCUUCUAUGUAAUUACAAUCCCAAAGCAAAGUAACCAACAGAAAAAACGAAAAUGAAGCCUUCCAAACUUGUGAAGUUUGUGUCAUCCACCAUAUUGCUCUUGUUAUCAUUAUCAUCAUUCGUUGUUUCUGAUUCAGAAACAACUCCCGCAGAAAAAUUCUUCAAUUGCAUUAAUCUCAAUUCGGAUCUUUAUGUUCCCUUUUCCACAGCAUUUGUCUCUCCCAACAAUGCUUCAUUUGACUCUGUCCUACAAUCCACCGCGCAAAACCUUCGGUGUUUGGUUCCUUCUGUGGCCAAACCCGAGCUGAUUUUCACACCACUGGUGGAAUCCCAUGUCCAGGCAGCCGUUAUAUGCGCGAAGGAAGUCGGCGUUCAGGUCAGAGUCAGAAGUGGAGGACAUGAUUAUGAAGGGCUCUCUUAUAUCUCUGAUAUGAGUGGUCCUUUUGUCAUAAUUGAUCUCAGCAAACUCAGGGCAGUCAGUGUGGAUAUAGAAGAUAAUAGUACAUGGGCUCAGGCCGGCGCGACGAUUGGCGAAGUCUAUUACAGGAUUUCCCAGAAGAGCAAGACUCAUGGCUUCCCUGCAGGACUCUGCCCGAGCUUAGGUGUUGGUGGGCACAUUACUGGAGGAGCCUAUGGAACCAUGAUGAGGAAAUUCGGUCUUGGAGCUGACAAUGUGUUGGAUGCACGAAUCGUCGAUGCUACCGGGCGAAUUCUUGACAGACAAUCCAUGGGAGAGGAUCUGUUUUGGGCAAUCAGGGGAGGUGGAGGAGCAAGUUUUGGGAUUAUUCUUGCCUGGAAGAUUAAAUUAGUUCCGGUUCCUGCAACUGUGACAGUUUUCACUGUUCCGAAAACACUUGAAGAAGGUGCUACCAAAAUCCUCUACAAAUGGCAGCAAGUUGCUGAUAAGAUUGAUGAAGAUCUGUUCAUCAGAGUCAUCAUCCAGAAUGUUGAUGGAGCGAAAAAAGGCGAAAAAACCAUUCAAACCGCCUACAAUGCUGUUUUCCUCGGCAGCUCUUCCAGGCUUCUUCAGAUCAUGAAUGAAAGCUUCCCUGAAUUGGGAUUAACAAGAAAAGACUGUACCGAAAUGAGCUGGAUUCGGUCGGUUCUCUACAUUGCCGGAUUCCCGAACAACACCCCGCCUGAAGUCCUGCUUCAGGGGAAGUCAUUGUUCAAGAACUACUUCAAAGCGAAAUCCGAUUUCGUCAAAGACCCGAUCCCUGAAGACGGGCUUGAAGGGUUAUGGAAAAAGCUCCUGGAAGAGGAUUCCCCAUUGAUGAUCUUCAAUCCAUAUGGUGGAAUGAUGAGCAAAAUAUCAGAAUCUGAAAUCCCUUUCCCUCACAGAAAAGGGGUGAGUUACAUGAUCCAGUACCUAACACUUUGGCAAGACGCAAAUCCGGAAAUUGCUGCAAAACACUAUGAUUGGAUCAGGAAACUGUACAAUUACAUGGCUUCUUAUGCUACAAUGUUCCCAAGACAAGCCUAUGUGAACUACAGGGAUCUUGAUCUGGGAAUGAACAAAGAUGGGAACACAAGUGUCGUUGAGGCAAGUGUUUGGGGAUCAAAGUAUUUCAAGAACAAUUUCAACAGAUUAGUGAGGAUCAAAACUAAGGUGGAUCCUGACAAUAUGUUCAGGCAUGAACAAAGCAUCCCUAUGAUUUCUUCAUCAGCUGCCAGUAGAAGUGAGACAAGAAGAAUCAACUAAGCAUUCGAGAUAGAGUAGCUUUUUAAUUAAUGUUACAAAUAAAAGCUUUUUAUUAUAAUGUAAGGAUUAUAAUGUAAGGAUUGUUUGUACACAGUUUGAGGUUUCAUCUUGAGGUUAUAACUCAAAACCUUAUAGUUACAAUCUAUGAAUCUCAUCACUUCCCCAAUACUAUAGGAAUCAUUAAACGUUUGUUACUUGAAGCUUUUCAGCACUUGUUUCAAAAUUUGUUUUUUCGGUCAAUAUGUCUACCCAAGGACACGUCUUUCAAGUUCCUCGCGUGGUAUAGUCUGUUUUUACGUUAG